CCUCCAAAAGUAAGGUGUUUGACAAGAAUCUGGCAUCCAAAUAUAACUGAGACAGGGGAAAUCUGUUUGAGUUUAUUGAGAGAACAUUCUAUUGAUGGCACUGGCUGGGCUCCAACUAGAACCUUAAAGGAUGUUGUUUGGGGAUUAAACUCUUUAUUUACUGAUCUCUUGAAUUUUGAUGAUCCUUUAAAUAUUGAAGCUGCAGAACAUCAUUUACGUGACAAGGAGGACUUCAGAACUAAAGUUGAAGAUUACAUUAAACGCUAUGCAAGAUGAUGAUGGGAGGUGGAUAGCAAGACCAUGAACUGCACCUUAAUAUGUCCUGAAACCACCACCACCAAAAAAGAGGGGGCUUUUGUCUUGUGUUCAUGUUGUUCUGAUGAAGAAAACAAGCCUCUUCUCUAUGUUAAAUGAAAAGUUCAUCAAUACAGCAAGAAAAUGGUGUAUUGUUGGUUGAAAAAAGUUGUUUGCUUAACUUUCAACAGUCUCUUUUUGAAAUUGUACCAUAUAUCCAGAAUUAAGAUCUACUUGAGACUAAAGAGAAACCACUAUUAAGAUCAUUUAUUCAUUUUAAAAUUUUCUUAAUACCUAGUAUGGAAUAUUUAAGAAUGGCAAUAAAUAAAAGUGGGCCAGAAUUGAAAUAACAUGUCAUGCAUUGUACUGAGUGCAUACAUCAGCUCUAUCUACUGUCGAAAUGCUGUUAAAUUUGAAAUUGCUGAUAUUGGUUCAUCUUUUAUCUACAGUUUUAAAUUUGCAUUUAUUGUGCAGAGCACUUACUGAAACCAAGGCUGUCUGAACACACAUAAAUACAGUGUAUUUCCUUUAAAAAAAUAACUAUUUUAUAUGUAAAUGUAAUGAAAGGUAUAAUGGUUUUUAAAUACCUUUAGAUUCUGAUGUGGAGAAUUGAUAUUUCAGGCCAUUAUAAAACAAAAUAACCUUAACUUUCUGGUACCAAAGCUUUAGAAGCUAAUCCUUGAGAUCAAAUUAAUGCUUACUGCAACUUAACUGUAACACUGUUAGAAGCCAAAUCUUUCAGGAUAAGCAUGGUAUAUGAAGAACUUUGAAUAUAACUAGCUCUAUUUCACACAAAGUAUGUAUGAACUGCAAAAUCCCAUUUGGGUUGAGAGUACACUGUCCAGGUCUGUUUAAAAGCAGAUGCCACACAUAAUAUAUACUUAAUAUUUUAUCUUAAUUCUUUUUGACACAAUGACCAUUCAAAAUAGCGAGAGCCAUACCCCUCAAAUAAUGUUAUUUAAGGUUAAUUAAAUAAGGUUAAUUAAAUUACUGCCAAAGCCAGAGACAAAUGUUUAUGUAGUUUCAUACACAUUGUGUGCAUAAUAUUUCUGCCUCAACUUUUUUUCCAUACAGAAGAAUCUAAUUUAAUUUAUUAGGUGCUUCUGUGUGUUCUCAAUGCAGUAAACCUUCAAUUUAAUGGUGUCUUUGGGAGAAAGGUGUCUAUAAAAGCAGAAUGUCUAUUAAAUCUGAAUAGAAUUUUACCUAUGCAUAUUUUAUGUAUUUUAAACAAAUGUAAAAUUGGAAUGGGAUUUUAUGCAUGUAUAGAAUGGUGAAUGGGAUUUUAUGCAUGUUCAGAUUUUGAUAAUUGCAUCUGAAGUCUGCUAAAUCGAAGUCUGUUAAAUCAAAGGUUUACUACGUCAUAAUACUUUAAACUUUGAUAGUGAAUUCAUUUUAACUACACAAUAGAUUGUCAUCAGUGUAAUGCUAUUCGGAACAAAGCACCUUGAGAUUCCAUUAGAAUGGAAAUAAAUACAUGACUAAAUGUUCAUUGCAAUUAAUGGUGCUUAGAAAAUGCUUAAUUUGUUCAAUAGAAGUUUGUUUCAAAAUAAAAAUAUUUCUUUGAAGUGUGAAUUACUCAGAGAUUCUGAGAAAAAUUACCUGUUGCCUGUCUUUGGGAAAUUAUUUACAAAUGUUCUGAGACAAUAAUAUAGUGGGCAAAUAGAAAAGGGCUUGUUUCGAAUAGGACAAUGUUUACAAAAACAUUGUUCCUAUUUUGAAGAAAAAUAACCACAAUUCCAAAACAAGAGUAUUGCAAGUUGAACUGUGUAAUUAAAUACAUGAAGAAAAGUUUUUCUCUAUGAAUAUUGCAAAAUUCUGAUUAUUCAUAGUAUUGCCAUCUAGUCAUUGCCCAGUAUUAUUGGGCAAUAAACUACCUAUAUAGAAAGCUGUGUACAGAGAGAGUAGUUGACAGAAGGAUGCAGAAAAUGAUUGGGACAGGGUAGUAGAGAUCCUUGGGGAACUCUGGAGCAUCUGGGAGAUGUUCGGUGUUAGUGUGGUCUCACCAGGAGAGUUGGCUGCAUGCAGCUGGGAGGGUUGACUGGAACAUAGGCCAUUGGGAAAACUGGUGGCCAGGUGCAGCUCGGUUAUAGUUACUGGGGGACACCGGAGGAUGCUAGGGAGAAUGGAGGAUACUAAAGAGGCAUUGGAGACCAAUACAAAUCAGAAUCGGUGAAAGGAUCAAACAUGCCAGUUUUGCAAAUCACUCAACAUUCUAUGUCACAAGUCUCUGGAUUAUGGAUGUUUACAAGCUUUGUAAUGCUAGUCCUUUAAAACAUGCUAAUUUUGGAUUCUUUAGACUUCAUUAGCUCCAGGACUGAACCAGCAUUUAAAUGUAGCCUCUUCCAUUGGAGCUAUCAACUUCAGGGAUCUCCCACUGGGCUGUAGUCCCUGCUUCUGAAUGGACUAUGGAUUGGGCACUGAGGUUACCCACUCCCCCACACGCACACUGACACUUGUUUUGAGAACCAGAAGGGCAACAAAGCCAUGGUGAGGAAAAGGGGAGAAGGUAAGAGAAAUAGUUUAGCUGCGGAGGAGAUGAAGAAAAGCUGGGUGGUCUUUGCACUAGGAGCAAAAGGCUCAAGAGUAAAAGCGAGAGCAUUGAGUUGGGGGACGUAAAUAUGGUCUUUUGAGCCAACUCAGCACCAGAGACCGAGAAAAACAACGUACUGGAGCAUUUGAAUCUACUCUUAAGAGUCCUCAAUGAAACUCCAGUAUAGCAGUUGGAAAUGCUGGAGCCUAUUGUGCUAGGCCUUUCAGACUGCUGAACUGUAACAGAGUGAUCAAGGCACCUCAGGGAAAGGAGGUUGGCUGGGGGUGGGGUGGGAGCAGGGCCGGGGGUAGCACUCGGGCAAUUUGCUUGAAUUUCUCCUUACUCUUGUGUGAACCAUCUUAGGGCUUCCUUUUUUUUUUUUCU